AUGUCUAAUGACUCUGGAUUACCAUGUGCGAUAUGUAUUGAGCUGCGGCCUGAUGUCGUCUUGCAGCCUCCCCUCUCGCGCUGUGGGCGUGGUCCCGGACUGAUCCUUGUCCGACCUGCUCGUUACGCAGGAUGCCAGCAGUACAACACAAGUCUGGACCCAGAACCUCUUCAGAAAUGGGCAGAAGAGAGUUUCUCGGUGGUGCAGAUUACCUUCGAUGCUGGUCAAAAUACCGCCAGUCUACGAGAUGCGAUCAAGGUUGCAGAAGACGGGCUCCAAGCAUUACUCUACGGCUCUCCAACUGACUAUCUCCCCGGGUUCAAAGUCUCCUUACAGGAGGCAGUAGCCGAUACCCAUCAGGUGGCUGCCGCUGUCUAUUACGAUAGCUGGGACCUUGGCGAUAACAAGCCAUCUAUACUGCAUGCACCAGGGGCUCACGGCGACAAGAUUCCCAAGAAGGAUAGUCAGACAAAGCAUAGUUAUGCUGAUGCUAUUUCCCCGGGCUUCGUGAUUCCUGGUCAUCCCGAUUUUGUGAUCUCGACGGCCGGGGUAGCCCAUACUCGCACCCUCGCGUUUCUCAAAAAGCACCUGGGUGGGCCCUAUUUUGAUCUGGAGCAGAUCUGGGAGGAGCAUACCUACUAUGAGUUCGGCGAUCGGUCUGUUGAGAAGACCAUGGCCACCAUGGUCCAGGAACCAUACGUUAACCACAUCCCCACGAUGACGGGCGGUAUUGGCCGAGCUCGUCUGAGCCAUUUUUACCUCAACCACUUCAUCUUCAGCAACCCGGACGACACAGCCCUCGAGCUGAUCAGCCGCACAGUAGGGACCGAUCGCAUUGUGGACGAAUUUAUCUUCUGCCUCACCCACGUGAAGCAGGUUGACUGGCUACUCCCCGGAGUGCCUCCAACCGGCCAACAACUUCGCAUUCCCUUCACAUCGGUAGUCAAUAUUCGGGGUGAUCGCUUAUAUCAUGAGCAUAUUGCGUGGGAUCAGGCGACUGUGCUGGUGCAGCUGGGUCUGAUGCCCGAAUAUCUCCCGUUCCCGUAUGCCCUGCCUGACGGGCGGGUGCCGGCGGCGGGGAACCGAUUCGAAUACCGCGUGCCGGCGGCGGGGGUCGAGUCUGCCCAGAAACUACAGAAUGAGCACCAGGUGCCGUCGAACGAGAUGUUCAACUAUGCAAUUCGGGAAGUGGAGGAUCGGUGA